AUAUUUUUUGAAAAAAAAAAAUCUUUUCUCAACAUUUAUGUCUAGCUUUUCUUGACUAAUACAUUUUGCUCUCUGUGGUGUUCUAUUAAUGGUCAUUUUAUAAUAAAGGCUAAAUUCAAACUAAAUAAUUUAGAGCCGUCGGUCAACUGUAUUCUGACUGAAUGCUCCAUAAAUAAUCGGACACAGCAAAGAUUAAUUAGUGAAUUUAGUUUGAUUUAAUUUCUCCCUGUGGAUCAUUUGGAUCCUGGUAAACGAGCGUUUUAACUUUCAUUUGAUUGGAAUGUAUAGCAGUGACCACGGCCUCCACAACAAUCCGGUCAGGGUUGAUUAUUAACCCGCUAACAUGGGGGUGGCAGUUGCUGGGUCCACUACGCUGAACAGCCAGAAGAAGGUUGAUCACAUCUGGAUUUUCUUUUAUUAUUCUCCGUUUUUCAUCUCCUCUUCUCAAGCGAAGUCCAGGCUGGCCGUCUGGAAAUGAAGCUGUGUCUUCUUCUGCUGCUGCUGUGCCUCAGUCGUCAGGGACUGACCGAAGAGCCCGCCACAGCAGCUCCUGGAUUCUCUCCAGUCACAGAUGAAAAGGAGGAGAAAAACGUCAGUAACUGUGGGAGAACAUUCACCCAUGAGGAACACCGGGCGAUAGGGGGCGCUAUAGAGCAGUUGGGGUUGAAGAUCCUGGAGAAGCUUGCUAUCAGCCCACAGCAGCCCAACGUCAUCCUCUCCCCUCUCAGCCUGAUGUUCGCCCUCGCUCACCUCACCUUAGGUUCCCGCAAUGAAACAGAGAAGCUUCUCCUACAAAGUCUUCAAGCCCACGACCGACCAUGCUUCCAUCACAUCCUGGGAAGCCUUGUGCCUCAUCUAACCCACACGUCACUGGAGGUGGCGGCACGCAUGUACCUGAGGCCAGGAUUUGAAGUGAAGCUGUCAUUUGUUGAGGAAUCUCUGGCCAGGUACCGGUCCCGGCCCUUCCCUCUGGUCUCUGUGGAUGAGGUCAACCAAUGGGUGGAGAACGUCACCAAUGGAAACAUCCCCAACUUCUUGGAAAGCAUUCCACAUGACGUGGUGCUAAUGCUCAUUAACGGUGUUUACUUCAAAGGUGAAUGGAAGACCCAGUUUGACCCCCAGGUGACCUCAAAGGGAGUGUUUUAUCUUGACAGCCAGAACUCAGUGUCAGUGGACAUGAUGAAGUCUGCCCAGUAUCCUCUACGCCUGAUGGACGACCCUCAGCUGCAGGCACAGGUUGCCAGCUUUCCCUUCAAAGGAAACACCAGCUUCCUAGUCAUCCUUCCCAUAGGAAACGUCUCAUUGGUGCUUCCCAAGCUAAACAUUUCUGACCUCUACAGUCGUCUACCUCAAGAAAAAUCAAUGCAGGUCAACGUACCAAAGAUGAAGCUCCAAUAUCGACAGGAGCUCGAAGAGGCACUGACCAGCAUGGGACUCGGCUCCCUGUUUUUGGGUCCGGACCUCUCUGGGAUUUCUGAGCAACCCCUCAGGGUGUCGAGCGUCCGUCACGCCACCACCAUGGAGCUCAGUGAAGAAGGUGUCGAAGCGUCCGCCACCACCGUGGUGACUGCAAUGCGCUCCAUCUCCCUGUUCUCUGUCAACUCCCCUUUCCUGUUUGCCCUUGUUGAUGACUUCUCUCUGGCCCCUCUGUUCAUGGGCAUCGUCACAAACCCCGCCCCCGACAACGACCCUAUGCCUAACGACGACCCCAACGGGAACAACACCAUGAACGACCAGCCUGGUACAGCGGCGGCCAGGGAAACAGACCUGAACGUCGAGCUCAACAGAUUGCCAGCAGAGGGCAGCACUCUUCAGUCCUGCAGCGCCCCUGGUGGGGGGAAAGAGCAGCUGCAGCAGGUCGAUGAACAAGAUGGCAGCAGCAGUAAGACUCAAGGAGACGAGCCCUGCUCCAAACCAGAAAAUUUCGUCCCAGUCUGAAAAAUAAAAAAAUUAUAAUAAAGAAAUUAUGCAACAUCUCUUCAGAUAAAUAGAGACUCCGACGUCUCCCUUCCAGAUCAAUACAACCAAUAACUUACAGUGACUAGAUAACAGACUGGACGGCUUCUGUAAACCCUCUGAAAGCUAACGCGUUAGCUUGUUUCAUGUCUCACUGUUAGAAGACGGGCGCAUCACGUGAUCGUAGUUUAGCUAAAAACCACAAUAUUCUGCCCUGAAACAGGUCUGUAACUAAUGUUUUUAUGAUUGACAUGUUCUGUUUUUACACAACGUCUGUUCUUUAUUAAAUUUCAAAAAUAUCUUCCAGCGAGUAAAAACAGCCUCUGAUAGGAAAUAUUGUUGGUUUUUUAAAACUGCUACCAUGUUCAUCAGUAACUGUGAAAUAAAAUACCUUAUUGUUUUAAA